AGUAAAACGAGCUGCCGGGUGUUCCUGUUUAUAAACACAAUUUUUUUUCACGCACGUAGUAAGUUUGAAUACAACAAAUUGGAAGAAGACCCAAAAUCUAUCCGCCCUCUUCUUAUUGCGUUCACGACAGAAAAAUGGCACCGAAACGUGGCAUUCUUGAAAGACUUGACGCAGGUGAAGUUGUGAUUGGUGAUGGUGGUUUUGUAUUUGCACUGGAAAAACGAGGCUAUGUCCGAGCUGGUCCUUGGACGCCAGAAGUGAAUGUAGAAUAUCCUUCGGCAGUCAAAGAACUUCACAGGGAAUUUCUACGUGCUGGAGCUGAUGUUAUGCAAACAUUCACAUUCUAUGCUAGCGAUGACAAACUUGGGAAUCGCGGAAACACUGCUGCACAAAUAGGAUGCCAAGCCAUCAAUCAAGCAGCAUGUGACAUUGCCUUUGAAGUAGCUAACGAAGGAGAUGCUUUGGUGUGCGGAGGUGUUUGUCAAACACCAACAUACUUAAGUGGCAAAGGAAAAGAAGCUUGUCAGAGAGAAUUUGAGAAACAAAUAGAAAUUUUCCUGAAAAAUGAUGUGGACUUUCUACUUGCAGAGUAUUAUGAACAUGUGGAAGAAGCAGAAUGGGCAGUGGAGUCGUGUAAAGCCACAGGCAAACCUACUGCCGUUUCAUUGUGCAUUGGGCCCCAAGGAGAUUUGCACGGCAUUCCUACUGGGGAAUGCGCAGUGCGCUUGGCUCAUGCAGGUGCUGAUAUUAUUGGGAUCAAUUGUCAUUUUGGACCUGAUGAAUGUAUUGAAGCAUGUCGCUUGAUGAAAGAAGCACUUGAUGCAGCUGGGAUUAAGAAACAUUUGAUGGUGCAGCCUCUCGGAUACUUAACCCCAGAUGCUGGCAAACAGGGAUUCAUUGAUCUUCCAGAAUUUCCUUUUGCUCUAGAGCCCAGACUCAUGACAAGAUGGGAUGCUCACAAGUUUGCUCGAGAUGCAUACAAUGCUGGAAUCCGUUACAUUGGUGGUUGUUGUGGAAUUGAGCCCUAUCACACUAGGGCAGUGGCAGAAGAGUUGGCCAAGGAAAGGGGAAAACUUCCAAAAGCCAGUGAAAAACAUGGGCCCUGGGGAGAGGGACUGAGAUUGCACACCAAACCAUGGGUUCGAGCCAGGGCACGGAGAUCCUAUUGGGAGAAUCUCAAUCCAUCAGGUGGUCGGCCAUUCUCUUCUAGUAUGUCCAAGCCAGACAACUGGGGUGUUACUGCUGGAGAUAAAGACUUAGUACAGCACAAGGAGUCUACCACUCAAGAAGAAAUGGAUGCUGUUAUUAGCCGAGCAGCAAAUAAAGAACUUGUUGUUAAUGGAGACCACUGAGAGAGCCUUCAUGGGGUGGUCAUGGAUGUGACCUUAGUCACUAGCUUGUACUGUAUAUGUGCUGUACAAUAUCAGCAAACUCGAGUGCCCCAGAUUACUGUGUUCUGAUAGUAGCUGAUUAGGGACUUAUGACCAAGUUUUACUUGGUUAUUUAUGUUUUAAAUAGACUUUAUUUUUAUUAUAGAAAUAAGGAGGAAAAAACUAAGAUAGUUAUUCAUCAUCAACUUUUGUGCCUUGUUCCCCUCCCACCUUAAUGUUUAUUUGAUUUUGUUUUAGUUUUCUCUCUUUUUUUUUUUUUUUUCAUUAAUGUAUUUUCAUACAAUCAUGUACCACAUGAGUGUGAUAAGACUGGACAAAGACAUUUCUUCAAUAUAUUAUUUUAAGGUAAUUAUUAUGCAAGAUGUGGAGAAUUGAAAUGUCAUCUUUGCUGUUGGCAACCUCUAUGCAUUACUCUCACUAUUUUAAUUUAUUUUCAUAUUGAUUGACAAAAAAAUGGCUUCUGAAAUGCUGUAAUCAUACUGUAAAUUCAUGUAAAAAUUAUGGUUAAUUAAAGGCUGGAUCAGGGAGUUUCACUGUGAAAAUGGUUAAAGUUGAGGGAGGGAAUAAAAACCUUUUGAAUGUA